AUGAUGGGUGAAAACGACAUGGGUUAUGGGGACUACUAUAACUAUGACAACAGUUGGUCUGUUGUUCCACCGGACUAUGGCAGCGGCGUUGACCCCAAUUGCCAGUUUCGACAGCCAUCAGUUGAAGAGGAAUAUCGAUAUGGUUCUUAUGCUCUCUUAGACAGCAUGAAGAUGCCCGGCCAACGUCCGGGGUUCCAGAUCUCGGAUAUCUUGGGGCUCAAUGAGGCAAAGGGCUUGGAAAACUCGUCAGCGCAAGGCCCCAUAGGCUGUGGUUCCAUGGAACUACCGCCCUAUGCUCCGCCCCAGCAUCAUUACUCCCACGAUUUACUCAGACAUCAUCAACCUUGGCUUUCUUUGGAACACCAUGAACCAACUGGUAUUGGUCAACAAGCAAGUCCAGAUAGUACUUCACGCGCUUCCGAGCUAUCAUCGUACGUCGGAGUAUCAGCUUCCUCACCAGUGAUCAGUGACCCACGUCACGACCAGGAGCAAGACCACGAUAACGAUGAUAUCGACCACGACGAUGAUCAUGAACACGAUCAGCCACCUAACACAAGCACCGACCCCAAUCUUUCCCACAAGAAACGUAAAAGACGUGUCCUAUUUUCCAAAGCGCAAACCUACGAGUUGGAGAGACGAUUUCGUCAGCAAAGAUAUCUAUCAGCUCCUGAACGGGAGCAUUUGGCAAGUUUAAUACGACUGACGCCGACGCAAGUUAAGAUUUGGUUCCAGAACCAUAGGUAUAAGACGAAGAGGGCGGUCCAGGAGAAGGGAGCGCACGAUUUAAAUGUUGGCAGCUUAAACUCGCCACGUCGUGUUGCUGUACCCGUGCUAGUCAAGGAUGGAAGACCUUGUAUAGGAAAGCCGGAUGGCCUCCCUCCAUUGGGUAUGUCCUUACCUCCAUACCAGCAUAUGCAUCAUCAACCGCCAGUGGCCGGCCAUGGGCCGCAACCGAGCGGGUGCUGGUGGUGA